GGCGCGGAGGCGGGACCCUGCGCGAUGACGUGGGCGGGCGUGCGCGUUGACGGCCCGCGUCUCUGUUAGUCAGCGGAGCGGCCGAGGCCGGACGUUGCGGCCGAAACGCGGAGCCGCGAGCAGGUUUGAGUAGCGGCCGCGGCCACCGCGGGACGGCGCCGCUCUCCGCUACGGGCUUCCAGGUCGCUGUUGGCUGCACUGCCGGCCUUGGUGAAUAUUUGGAUGAAGCCAUUGGACUAAUUAGACUAAUUGCUUGCCAUCAUGAGCAGAAGCAAACGUGACAACAAUUUUUAUAGUGUAGAGAUUGGAGAUUCUACAUUCACAGUCCUAAAACGAUACCAGAAUUUAAAGCCUAUAGGCUCAGGAGCUCAAGGAAUAGUGUGUGCAGCUUAUGAUGCCAUUCUUGAAAGAAAUGUUGCAAUCAAGAAGCUCAGCCGGCCAUUUCAGAAUCAGACCCAUGCUAAGCGAGCCUACCGAGAACUAGUUCUUAUGAAGUGUGUUAAUCACAAAAAUAUAAUUGGUCUUUUGAAUGUUUUCACACCACAGAAAUCCCUAGAAGAAUUUCAAGAUGUUUACAUAGUCAUGGAGCUCAUGGAUGCAAAUCUUUGCCAAGUGAUUCAGAUGGAGUUAGAUCAUGAAAGAAUGUCCUACCUUCUCUAUCAAAUGCUGUGUGGAAUCAAGCACCUUCACUCUGCUGGAAUUAUUCAUCGGGACUUAAAGCCUAGUAAUAUAGUAGUCAAAUCAGACUGCACUUUGAAGAUUCUUGAUUUUGGACUGGCGAGGACUGCAGGAACAAGUUUCAUGAUGACUCCUUACGUGGUGACUCGCUACUACAGAGCGCCAGAAGUCAUUCUCGGCAUGGGCUACAAGGAGAACGUUGACAUUUGGUCAGUUGGGUGCAUCAUGGGAGAAAUGAUCAAAGGUGGUGUUUUGUUCCCAGGUACAGAUCAUAUUGAUCAGUGGAAUAAAGUUAUUGAACAGCUCGGAACACCUUGUCCUGAAUUCAUGAAGAAACUACAACCAACAGUAAGGACUUAUGUUGAAAACAGACCUAAAUACGCUGGAUAUAGCUUUGAGAAACUAUUCCCUGAUGUGCUUUUUCCAGCUGACUCAGAGCAUAACAAACUUAAAGCCAGUCAGGCAAGAGAUUUGUUAUCCAAAAUGCUAGUAAUAGAUGCAUCCAAGAGGAUCUCCGUAGAUGAAGCUCUCCAGCACCCGUACAUCAACGUCUGGUAUGAUCCUUCAGAAGCAGAAGCCCCACCACCAAAGAUCCCUGACAAGCAGCUAGAUGAGAGGGAGCAUUCCAUAGAGGAGUGGAAAGAACUGAUAUACAAGGAGGUAAUGGAUUUGGAGGAACGAACUAAAAAUGGAGUCAUAAGAGGGCAGCCAUCUCCUUUAGCACAGGUGCAGCAAUGAUCAAUGGCUCUCAGCAUCCAUCGUCUUCACCGUCUGUCAAUGACAUGUCUUCAAUGUCCACAGAUCCGACUUUGGCCUCGGAUACAGACAGCAGUCUAGAAGCAUCAGCUGGACCUCUGGGCUGCUGUAGAUGACUACUUGGGCCUUGGGUGGGAGGGAGGGAUGGGGAAUCGGUUAGUCAUUGAUAGAACUGCUUUAAAAACAAUUCAGUGGUCAUAUUUUUGAGUGAUUUUUCAGAAAAUGUAGAAUUCAUUUUGUAGUAAAGUAGUUUAUUUUUUUUAAUUUCAAGUGUUGUAAUUUAAAACUUAAGUUGUGUUUUUAAACAGCAACAAAACUGUAUUGUAUUUUUGCUGUAAUUAACUGUAUAAUGUAAACCUAAUUAUUUUAUCAUGGUUUAAAUUUUGCAUAUUUGCUUUAUCUUAUGCUGCUGAUUUUUUUUACUGAAUUUGUAAGAUUUUUGUUUAUCAAAGCAACUAUUAUGUGGUGACUUGCAUAUAUCAUGAAUUAUUUAAGAUGUUUAUAAGUUUUUUAUUAGAAUUUAUUUCAGAUGUUUGUUCAUGAUGCUAUCCUUCAGGGUUAUGUGCUUAUCAAUGAAAUAACCCCAGAGGAGUAAGGGAAAUAACCUGUAGCCAGUUAUAUUCAGGAAUAACUACUGUAAAUGAUGAACGUGUCAUGAAACCUCCAAUAUUUGCUACUUGCCAAUCCCAACUUAGUUAAAACCACUGGUAGGCAACCUUACCUAAAUUUUAGCAGACACCCUACUAUCUCAAUGGCAGAAUAACUCAGAGCAUGUCUUCAAAGAUGCUGGGCACAUCCCUCUAUAUUCUGAAUCUCUACACCAACCCAACAAAAACUUCAAUUAGGAAAUGUGGUGUAUUCUGAACAUCUGUGGCAUGCUUAAAGCUUUUGAUCACACAAAGUCAAGAGGAUACUUCAUGAAUAUACAUUUCAGUGGAGAUCAACAGAUGCUUCCCCUGUAUUAGGUAUGAACCUGCUUCUGUAUACACUGAGUUAAUCUCCUCAGGCUGUAGGUCCUGGUGUUGGCCGGGAGCCUGGACUUUCCCUUUUGUACAGUUUCUGGCCUCUGGACCUUUGCCAGUUCCUGUUCCUUAGCGGGUCAGUCUGUUGAGCACCAGUUUGUGGUGUUUCUGGCCAUUUGAUUCUACCUGUAGCAUCCUGUUUCUACCAGCUGUCAGGAGGUUCCAAAGCCUACUUAAACUUGUGUAGGUGACGUUUAAAUGAGCAAUAUACCGUUCAUCUGAAAAUAGUAGCACACAGCCAUAUGUAGGAUGUCAUUUUCUAAGGACUGUUUCUUCACAGUGAGCAGAGCAGGCAUAGUGGUGGUUCUUUAAUCUGAGUCUUUGAUUUUUUAUAUCUGAUUUCCAGAGUGGACAUUGAGUAGUGUAAGAAUGGUGCUGCUCCUGACAAGUGUGUGUUAACUGUUUACAUUUUAUAUCUGCAGAAUCCUUUUCUCUGUAACUGAAUUUUUCCUAAGUAAAAUGUCAUCGAGGUCUCAUUUCUGAAAUGAUGUCUGUAAUACCCAGGCACCUUUGGUAUUAUCUGGAACAAGAGGGAUUUCAUGUAAAUGAACUGGGGAAUUCAUACUUCAUGAGCUUCAAGGUUGUAGGAAGGAACCCCUUGGAGCUCACAACCAACAGGAGUAAGAGCAGGCACAGCUUGGCAGGUUUCUGAAAGGUUGCUUAGCAGGGGUUUUUUUUGUUGUUGUUUUUGUUUUGUUUUGUUUUGAGGGAUUUUUUUUAACAUUUAGUGUAGCAUUACUUUCAAGUAAGGUAUUUUAAGUCAUUGUUAAUGUGCAAUACUUAAGAUGAAGAUUCAUUACCUUUUUUAUAUACUUUGAAAUACAGCAAGUUUAUCAUGAUUUCUAGCCUUCCACCUUUUAGUGAUUCCUUUUCUUAUAUGUACAACAUGGUGCAUUAAUUUUAUUAGACAAGUAUGAAUUUGAGACUGUUAUGCCUCUUGGGUUGUAGAAAUAUAAGGUUGGAGUCAGGAUUUUAGCAGAAAUUGGAGCAUGAGUGAGUUAUUUUAUAUUAGUUUUGCUACUAACUGGUUUUGUUUUCCUUGUGAUAAAAUGUGUCACUAUUGUACUUAACAGCUGACAUGCUUUAGUUAGUUUUCUGUGUUUUGUGUUUGAUUGCUGAGAAGCCAUCUUUCUUGAUUCAGAUUUCGGUUAAGUAAGGAAUACCAGUUGUUCUGAUUGUAUCAUUUGUUAUAAUUGUCAGCCCCCAUUUGCCAGCCAUCAUGUUUUAGUUUAAUUAAAAAAACAAGCUUUCAGUGCUUAAUGUAAACUGAAAAUACUUAACAAAAUUAUACCCUAAAAGCAAGGUCUGUUUGUUAAAUAUAUGCCCCACAUACUAAGAUCCACUGUUUACACCCCCCACACACACACACACGCUUUGUUUAAAUCUGUUAACAUAAAUCUUACUGGUACUUUCAGAGUCUUAAAGCAUCCUAAGUAUUUUUUUAAGAAAUUACAAAUAACAUUUCUGUCUAUCAGUACUUGUUAAACCACUCUAUAAUUUGACUUUUCAAUGAUACAUACUUACGAUAUCUAUUGUUUACUGUCUAACAGUUGUUUAGCUGAGAAUUAGCAUUCCACUUCAUAGUUUAGGAAAGAGAGCCUUAUUCUUCCUACAUGUCUUCCUGGUUACAGUUCCCGUACCCACUAACACAUAGUGACCAUCUGUAAGAUGACCAUGUUGUUGGGAUUGCUUUGUUAUAAAUAGAGCAUCUCACUCUUUAAUGCUAUUUGUAUGCGUUUUUUACUGUGUUGUGCCAUGCUGCUGAUUGCCAAAUCUCAGAAGAGUGCACACCAGAAGCAAAGGCCCAGUAUGUUCAUACCUGACUUGUAAGAGAAGCAGUAGCUCCCACCAAUACAGAGAAGCUUGACUGUGUAGAAAGCAGAAGCUUGCCUGUCAGCCUGUAUCCCUCAGUUCUGAGCACAUCUCACUUUGUUACUUGGAGGCAGAAAGGACACUGACAGGAUAAGGAUGAGCAGUAGGCAAGGGAAGCUGUUUCCUGAGUUACAGAUAGAACUUGGUUUACAUUAUUGGCCAGUCUUUGCCACACAUGACCAUCAGUGUUGCUCAGCGCUAGCCUGCACAGCAUUUUGAGACUUUAAAAAAAAAAAAAAAAAAAAAAACCAACAUAGUAUAUUUUCAGAAAUACUGUUGUAGUUUGUGAGUGUUGUUCAUUAGCCACUCAUUAGUGUAGCGUGGAUGCAUGAUGCCCCAUGACCCAGUAAUUCUUACCAGUGAGUAGAGUACCUAGCACCGUCUCUCACCUGUAACCCUCUUCAGCAUUGCCUUGGGCGUGGCCUGUUGCAUUCUAGUGUGCAUCGUGUUUCUUCUGAUCUCUUGGGUGUUUCUGUGAACCACAGGAGGCACAUUUGUCUUAAUCGCACAAAAGAUGAAAGAGAUAAGGGCAUUGAAGCAGAAAUGUGUGGUUUGGGGUAAGAUAGGAAAACUUGUGUCCUAAUUCAUUUCAAAGUAAUUGCUCUUAGGCAAAGUGCUCUUAAGGGGAGUCUAGUAAGCAGCUUUGUGGGCACUUCUGGUUUAGAGUCUCUUCAUUACUGAAACUCCUGAGAAAUAUUACCUGUGGAUUACUUUUGCACAAUGUCCUAUUCUCACAAUGACUUAAAAUUAGACUAGGUUUUUAUUGAACUACCUCACACUGAUUUUCUAUGCUUUCCCAAGUAUGCUGUUGCCCUUACUGUUAGACCUUUACUGAGUGUAAAUUAUAAAUGUGCGUUGAAUACUUUAUAGCCACUGUUGACAAAAUACUAGUAAGUAUGUGAAGUGCAAACCUUGCAUCAGUAAGAGACAGUCCCGUGUAGUCUUCCACUGUGUCUGGGGAAUUGUGCUACAUAUGCUUAUGACAUCAUCACUGUUUUUGUAAGAAACAUGGUCGAGAUAUCAGUCCACGCUUUACAUUUUACAAAAGGAGUAAAUCUUAGUAAAUUUUACGAAGAAAUAAAUUACUUUUGUAGGCCCAAUAUUUGGUAUAUUUUUGCGAAGCUGUUAAUCUUAUAGCUGAAUGGUGAAGUUAAACUGAGGUAGCUGUCUGCCUGGACUGGGACGUCUAUUUUCUCAUUGCGGUUUACCCUGUUAAUAAGCUUUUAAACCUCAAAACAUAGGGUGAUAAUUAGAUUCUUCUUUUCUCUCUCCCUGUACAUGUCAUUCCUUCUUCAUCCCUCCUCUUCCCUGUGCUCUCCUCUCUUCCCCUCUCUAGACAGAACAAAAUGGGGCACUUUGUAGGGAAUGCUGAGAUCAUUACUGUGGUUUACUCGUUCAUGCCCUAGUCAUUAAACAUGCACCACUGGAUGUAAACAGUGUUAUCUAGUCUGUCAAUUGGUUAUAAUAUUUUAAAUAAAAAAGAAAAAGUGGUAUGAA